AAAAUUUUUGGCGUGCACUCUCUCUCUCUCUCUCAUACUUUCUCUUUCUCUCUCUGUGAAACUGUCUCUCUCUCUCUCUCUCUCUCUUUUCUUUUUGCAUUUUCUUGAUCUGUGAGAAAUGGAGGAGCGGUUAACGGAGGUGAACCCUAAGACGUGCGUGGUGCUUGGCGGACGAGGCUUCCUAGGGAAAUCGCUGGUCCACAGGCUCUUGCGACUCGGCAAGUGGAUUGUCCGAGUCGCCGAUUCCGCUCAAUCUCUCCAACUCGACUCUUCUUCUGAGUCCGACUCGCUCCUCUCCCAAGCUAUCUCCUCCGCUCGCGCUUCCUAUCACCAAGUCGACCUUCGCGAUUUCUCUCAAAUCGUCCGAGCAAUUGAAGGUUCCUCUGUUGUGUUCUAUAUGGAUUUUGGUGACUUACAAAGAGAUGAUAUAUGCAAUUGCUACUUGAUUAUGGUUCAAGGUGCAAAAAAUGUCAUUAAUGCUUGCCGAGAGUGCAAAGUUAGAAGGCUAAUAUACAACAGUUCUGCAGAUGUAGUAUUUGAUGGUUUACAUGAUAUAAAUAAUGGAGAUGAAACCUUAAGAUACCCUUGGAAAUAUAUGGACAGUACGAGUGACUUCAGGGCUCAAGCAGAAGCACUGGUCUUAUUUGCCAACGACAUUGAUGGCCUCCUAACAUGUGCACUUCGUCCUAGCAACGUCUUUGGACCUGGAGAUACACAGCUUGUGUCAUUUUUUGUUAAUCUAGCAAAAUCUGGUUGGGCAAAGUUUAUUAUAGGGAGUGGUGAAAACAUGUCUGACUUCACUUAUGCUGAGAAUGUUACUCAUGCUCAUAUAUGUGCUGAAGAAGCUUUAGAUUUUCAAAUGGCCUCUGUGGCCGGAAAGGCAUUUUUCAUCACCAAUCUUGAGCCUAUGAAGUUCUGGGAAUUUGUAUCUCUUAUAUUGGAAAACUUGGGAUAUCCAAGACCAUCUAUAAAAGUUCCUGCUAGGAUGGCUUGGUAUAUUCUCUUGCUUGUUAAAUGGAUGCAUGAAAAAUUGGGCUUCAGAAAUUACAACCAUUCUGUGUCAGCUCAUUAUGUUCAAUUAGCCUCACGUUCUAGAACUUUCAACUGCACUGCGGCUCAAAAACAUAUUGGAUACUCACCGGUAGUCUCACUGGAAGAAGGUGUCACAUUAACCAUUGAAUCAUUGUCCCAUUUAACCAAAGAGUCGUGCCAUGAGAAAUACAUUGACUGCAAUGAACAAUCAAAAGUGGAAAAGCUGCUAGGCAGUGGGGAAGUUGCAGACAUUUUGCUGUGGAGAGACGAGAAGAAAACAUUUACAUAUUUCCUUGCUCUUUUUCUGUUGUUUCACUGGUUUUUUCUUUCUGGGAGAACUUUCAUCUCAUCUACGGCCACGAUUCUGCUGCUGAUUAGUGUUAUCCUUUUUGGAUUUGGCAUUAUAUCAUCAAAGAUUGCUGGUUUCACUUUUCAGAGAAUGUCUUCCUCUUGUUUUGAGAUCUCAGAAACUGUAGUGAAAGAUUCAAUUACAACCCUAGCAUGUCUGUGGAACAAGGGGGUUCGACAUUUACAAGCACUGGCCCAUGGAGAGGAUUGGAGUAAUUUCUUAAAGGUAGCAGCUUCUCUCUAUUUUCUGAAGUUUCUAUCACAAUCCUUGAGCGUGGUGAUAGGCAUAGCACUGGUUUAUGCGUUCACUGCGUUCUUUGUUUAUGAGCAAUAUGAAUCAGAAAUUGAUGGAUUUGCAAAGGUUCUCUUCAACAGUAUAAAAGAAUCAAUGGACUUGUUGGCCAGGAAUUUACCUGCAACUGCAUCAUCAUUUCUUCGCAACUAUGACAGAUUUCAUGGUAAUAAAGAGACUGCAGUGGUGAAGCAUCAGAGAUAGCUUUGCAGCUUAGUUUUAAUAGGUUAGGCUUUGUAUCAAACCAUAGAGAUAGGGUUAUGUCCCUAACAAAAGAAAAAGAGAUGGGGUAUAUAAGUACUCGGUACAAAUUCCACUUUUCUUUAACAAAGUUAAAUUCCAAAAAAAGAAAAAGAAAAAUAGGGCUAUAGAUAUUCAUGCCUCUACACGUGGAACGAUAAAACACUUUAACACAAAAAGUUGAUAUAUGAUAGCCAAUUGCUUGCAUAAGAAUCAGUCUUUAUAUUAAGAUAGAGGUGGGUAUUCUAGUUCAAGUAUAUGGUUGGAGCUUGGCAAAAGAUAGAACUGAUUCAAAAUCAGACGAAGCAAUUCUAAAAUAAAAACUAGUGCAAUGGUAGUAUGCUUACCAGUAGUAGUAGUACUACCAACUACCAAGCAAACUUUGUUUGGAUGUGAGAACUUGCUUGUGAUGAAUACAUUCAAUGGGCUAAAUACCUGGCUGGGCCAGAUGCUAUGAUAGAUAUAUCAUGCAUUCGAACCUGUUAUUUCAAUUAAGAAUAACAAGAAGUCCUACUUGAUCUGAAGGUAAUUGGUAUUUUGUAUGGAACGUCGAAACCAAUUAGAAACAGCAAAAGACUAACUAAACCACUAUCCAUGUAAAUUGUAGAGGCACUAAAACUAAAGCUUCCUUUUUGUUUUUCAGUAAUUUUAGAAUCACACACUUGCCACAAUGUGUGAUUGGAUUGCUUUUUAUCAGAUACUAAUAUUGGAUCUAUGUGUAAGUGAUUUACUCCAAUCACAUGUUGACACUCUUUUUUAGAAGAAAGUAUUCAAACUUUUCAAUAUAUAUAGUACAUGGGGUUAAUCUGACUA